AAGCGCGGAAUCCGUGAACUGCCCGCCGCCCCGAGGGCGCAGCUCCUGGACCGAGCGGCGCUAUCCUGCCCCAUGGACGUGAGUCCUAGGCCCCUUAGCCCUGUCUGGAGCGGCUCCCUCAGAGGCGUCAACUCACCCUGACUUUUCCUACCUUGGAGCUUGCACUGGAGAGGGAUUUUUUUUACCCGACAUAGAUACUCCCAGUUGAGGACCAGAGCUGUGAGAGUGUGCAGGGUCGGCCUUCCCAGGAAAAGGCGCAUGCCACUCUGGCAAGAUGAGGAGCUGGCCAAGCAAUCCAGAGGAAAGGGCAUCCCAGGCAGAGGGAACAGCCUGGUCAGAGAGACGUGGGCCUGAGAGAGAGGAUAUAGGGCCUUUAAGGGAACUGCUAGGACUUCAGUAUGGCUGGAGUGCCAUGGGGACAGAAGGAGAGAUAGGCAGCAUUUGAUUGGGGCUUUUGUCGCUGAGAUAAGUUGAGACUGAGUCAGUGGGAGCCAUUGAUGGAUUGUAAGGGGGUGUGGGGAGGAGAUACACAAGACAGCUGGUGUGGAAAGGGGCACAGUUGCAGGUUGCAAGGCAGUUAGGGGCCAGUUCUGUGGGUUGAGGGAUGGGAAAGUAGUGCAAAGGAAGCAGACCCGAUAGAUCUGUUUGGGGAGGCAGCCUGAAAGGAAGAGCAAUAAGUCCCAUUGACUUCCUGUCACCCGGUGGCUCUUCCUCCACUUUUCCCAGCCACGUCCAGCGUCGUCCUGGUAUUUGUGUGUCCUUGCAGCCCCUCCGCACCUCCUUGUCACCCCUUCCUCCUGUGCUGUCCAGGCCUCCUCUAGCCCGUGGAAUCCAACCCCGGCUCCUGUCAGCAGCCCCUCCCUGCUGCUCCCCAUCCCCGCCGUCGUCAUCAUUGCUGUGGGCAUCUAUUUGUUGCUGCUGGGCCUGGUGCUGCUGACUAGGCACUGCCUGCUGGUGAGGGGCCUGGUGGGGGCCGAAGGGUGGGCCCUGAGGAAGAGGAAGCUGGUCAUUUUGGCCCCCAACUGCAGGCCCUUACCAUGAGACCCCUUUCCCCUUUAAUCCCCGCAUCCAUCCCAUCCCUGUCCCCAGCUGAACCUUCCCCUGCCCCUCUCCCCCAAACUGAGUCUUGGCUGUCCCUCCCCGCCUGCCGCCUGGCCUGGAUCCUGAACCCUGCCUUCUCCUAGACUCAGCGCUGCUGCACAGACUGCAGCCCCCCCUGCAGGAAGCAAGGCGCCUCUAGACCCCAAGACUGUUGCUGGACCUGUGCAGAAGCCUGCAACUUCCCUCUGCCUAGCCCAGCCCACUACCUGGAUGCCUGCUGCCCGCAGCCCACUGAAGCUGAUUGGGCCCCUUGCUGCCCUCGCUGCUGCCCACUCUGCGACUGCGCCUGUGCGUGCCAGCUUCCCGACUGCCAGAGCCUCAACUGCCUCUGUUUUGAGAUCAAGCUCCGAUGAUGACCCAGCGUCCCUGCCCUUUGGAGAGCGGCCAGCCCCCAGGGCCUACAUCCCCUGUUCCCUGAAGGGCCGCAGGACACCUUCCUCCAGGCCAUUGGAGCCCCAAAUGGCCUGCCCAGCUCAUAGGCUUGGGAACCAGCAUCGGAGAGCCUGGCUCCCUGCAGAGAGGGCCUCGGAGAGCCCUUGGCUGCCUGGAUGGCAGCCCCUUUGCAGAGCCAGAAGAGAGAGGAGCUAGUGUGCCAGCGGGGGUCCCUGCCCUCCUCUCCCCCUUCCCAAGUAAAGGAUUAUAUCUGAAGAUCCCGGUCCAAAUUAUUUCUCUUGCAACCUUUUGAGGCCCUCAAUCUGGAUUUCCAAGGAAGAAAUCUUUGAAGUACCGGAACUGACAGGAACCAUGCCUCACCAAUACCCAGCCCUGACCCCGGAGCAGAAGAAGGAGCUCUCUGACAUUGCUCACCGCAUCGUGGCUCCGGGCAAGGGCAUCCUGGCUGCAGAUGAGUCCACUGGGAGCAUUGCCAAGCGACUGCAGUCCAUCGGCACCGAGAACACCGAGGAGAACCGGCGCUUCUACCGCCAGCUGCUGCUGACUGCCGACGACCGCGUGAAUCCCUGCAUUGGGGGCGUCAUCCUCUUCCACGAGACGCUCUACCAGAAAGCCGAUGAUGGGCGUCCCUUCCCCCAAGUUAUCAAAGCCAAGGGCGGUGUUGUGGGCAUCAAGGUGGACAAGGGUGUGGUACCCCUGGCAGGAACCAACGGCGAGACAACCACCCAAGGGCUGGAUGGCCUGUCAGAGCGCUGUGCCCAGUACAAGAAGGACGGAGCUGACUUUGCCAAGUGGCGCUGUGUGCUGAAGAUCGGGGAGCACACCCCCUCCUCCCUCGCCAUCAUGGAAAACGCCAACGUCCUGGCGCGUUAUGCCAGCAUCUGCCAGCAGAAUGGCAUUGUGCCCAUCGUGGAGCCCGAGAUCCUCCCCGAUGGGGACCAUGACUUGAAACGCUGUCAGUAUGUAACCGAGAAGGUGCUGGCUGCUGUCUACAAGGCUCUGAGCGACCACCACAUCUACCUGGAAGGCACCUUGCUGAAGCCCAAUAUGGUAACCCCAGGCCACGCCUGCACCCAGAAAUAUUCUCACGAGGAGAUUGCCAUGGCAACUGUCACGGCGCUGCGCCGCACAGUGCCCCCCGCUGUCCCUGGGAUCACCUUCCUCUCCGGAGGCCAGAGCGAGGAGGAGGCCUCCAUCAACCUCAACGCCAUCAACAAGUGCCCCCUGCUGAAGCCGUGGGCCCUGACCUUCUCUUACGGCCGAGCCCUGCAGGCCUCGGCCCUGAAGGCCUGGGGCGGAAAGAAGGAAAACCUGAAGGCCGCCCAGGAAGAAUAUGUCAAGCGAGCCCUGGCCAACAGCCUUGCCUGCCAAGGAAAGUACACCCCGAGCGGUAAGGCGGGGGCUGCCGCCAGCGAGUCCCUCUUCAUCUCUAACCAUGCCUACUAAGCGGGGAGGUGCUGAGGCUGCCCCCUCAACACGCCAGGCCCCGCCCCCUCCCACCCUCCCUCUCCAAGAGAGGGGGCCUCGGGGGCUCCAGGCCGCCCUUUCCCAACACUUUUGCCUCCCUCGUGACACUGGUGCCUGGUGUUGUCUGUAUACGCUAACUCCAUCACCCUCUCGAGCCUACUGCCAAUAAACAGCCAUUGAAGGGGGA